UGUACGAUUUAUUAACCCUCGAUCCCAAGGUCGUGACUGAAACAGGAGUUUGUAAAAAAUGGGGGAAGACGAAGUAAUAUUUGACUCCUAUGAGGAAUUCAAACAAUAUCUCGAUGAGUAUGAGAAGGAGACGAUGAGCCAUUUUAUCACAGUAAAGAAAGAAAAGAAAUUCUCGGAAUCGGAUUACAAGGGAAAGCGUCUUCACUGGAGGGACAGCCCAGAUAUAGACUGCUGCAUUCCAUAUGUCAAUGUUGGUCAGCUGCUGCUAGGAUGCCACCAAGGUAGAGAUAAGAAUACUGGAAAGAAGGAGCAGUACAAGAAACGCGUCGCAGAGAAAUUGAAAAACAAAAAUGAAGCUGAUAAGAAAAUCCAAAGUCGAUUCUGGACACACGCUACCAAGAAAGUUGACUGCCCUGCUGUAAUUAAUCUGAAGAAAAUAGCAAUGUUUCCGGGAUUUAAAGAAGACCUUCAUUGCUCUCCCUGGACGAAGCGGAAGACUGUUUCAGAAUUUCAGCAGUUUGCAAGAAGAGAUGAAGCCAUUGAUGUCAAGUUCAAGUAUGUGGCAAAGUUUCCUGGGUCUAAUGCACACAAGUUUCAUGUACAGGGACAGUUUGCUGGCAUGCGAGAACCCAUAGACCCCUUGGUGAGAAAGAAGGUCGUUGAACUUGUUGGAAACGGUAUCACCAAGGUUGCUGAUAUCCAAAAGGCCGUAAGGGCAUAUGUAGUCGAAGAACUCUUCCCCAAUGAGUCUGCACCCUCCUUGAUCCGUCGGAGGUACUACCCUUCCGCAAGGGAUAUCAAGAACUUGACGUAUGUUGCAAAAAAGAAAGUGAACAGGAACAAGAGGAAAGGAAAUUCUGAAGAAGUGGAACAACCAGAAGAAGAAGCAGAUAAAGUUAAAAGUCCUUCCAUCAAGAACCUGGAAGACUACUCUGAGAGCAAGGUUGUACCAGUUAGCAGUGAUGGAACGCAUCUGACUCAAGAAGACCUGAGCAACAAGAGUGUCCUCUUUUGUCACCAGACCAAAGAACAACAGCGAUUACUCCAGAUCUAUGGCUCCAUGAUCGUCAUGGACAUCGUCUACCGAUCAGCCACCUUUCCUGCAGAUGUCGUCUUCCUCUUUGUACGGACCAAUGUGGACUACCAGCUGGUGGCAGGGUUUGUUGGUGAGGCGGGGACAGCGGAAGCGGUAGAGGAAGGGUUCUUGGUGAUGAAGGAUUGGAAUCCUGAUUGGAAACCAGAGUUCUUUGUCAUGGACCAUAAGGUGGAGAUGAUGGAGAUGAUUAAGAGAGUCUUUCCAGGGUCCGACGUGUUUGUAUCUGACUUCCAUCGUGAGAAGUUAUGGAAGGAGUGGUUUCACCAGCAGGAACCAGACAUGGACCAGUCCCUGAUUGAUAAGACCCUGGACCUGAUCAAGAAGACGGCCCGUGCUCCUACCAGGGACCAGUACGAAGUGGCGCUCAAAGCCUUACAGGGGUGCGAGGGAUGGAUCUCGUCCGUCAAGCUUCAGAGUUGGUUUGCCACCAGCUGGGAAGCAGAGUUAUGGGUGAUGGCCUUCCAGCCAGACAAGCUCUGUAUUCUUCUCUCCGCUAUGAAUGGUCCAGACAAGCUCAAUGACGUCCUCAAGGUCAAUUACUUCCAGGGCUUUAUCAUUGAAUCCCUCUUAGAUGUCAUUCAGUGCUACAAAGAAGAUGUGGUACCGACAUUUCUCCAGAGGUAUCUCCAGAGCAACAUCCGAUGCUCCAGCAGCUAUGGGAAACUCAACACAGCUCUACCUGCUUACCUCAGAGACCGUCCAUUGGACCUGGUCACCCACAUCAUAGCAAGAUCUCCUGUACCUUCGCUACUAACAGACAAUGUUGUGCAACUUGAGAAUGGCACAUUCACUGUCCUCAACGAGAAGGGCCGGCAUCAUUCUGUUGGCUUGGGUAACGAGAUCGUCUUUCCAAGCUGCACCUGCUCUGAUUGGUUGCAGCACUGGUUGCCCUGCAGGCAUUUCCUGGCUGUCUUUCACCAUCUUGGAGACGAGAGCUCCUGGCAGCAGCUGUCUCCGCUCUACAGCAGCAGUCCUAUCUUCUCUCUGGAUGAAGAGUGUAUCCUGCAACAGAUGGCGUCACCGGAGACAACGCCCAAUGCCAUCAAGGCAGUGGAAGUCAACACCCGGUCAGCACCAAAACAAAGAGCCGCCAAACGUCGCCUUGCAAAGCUUCAUGAAAGUGAUAAGACACUGCAUGCAGUGGUUAGUGGAGAUCUAACAAACGACUCUGUUCAAAUGGAAGAUGUCUCCAGGGAAGAUAAUCAGGUUGCCUGUGAAUUGUUAACUCAGAUGGGAGCAACUCCAGCUGUGAAAAAAUUUGCAGCAACUGAUGAGGCAGCAUUGGAACCUGAGGGCAAUGAUAUAGAAAUGGGUGCAUCCAGUCCACCGCUUGCACCACAAAACCCUGAAGUAUCAAGUGCGAGUCAUCAAGAGUCAUCAGGGAAUAAUGUAGAAAUGAGUGACCCUCAUGAUUCCCAAGAGCUUAGUGAAUCAGAACGUGUUGAAGGGUCUGCUUGCACGAGUACGAGGAUACCUUGCAAGAGCAUUGAAAGGGAAGAUGGUGCUACUAGUGUACAAACAUUGCAGGAUGGUUGCAGUAGGUACCUUGGGCAGUUGUUACAGGUAACUCCUACUCUCAUGGAAAGGGCAGUCCUACAGAGAGUCUUUAAUCAUUUAGAAUCUGCAUUGAAUGAAGCAACCAAUGGUUUAUGAUACUGUGACAACAGUUUCCUGUUUGAUAAAUGACUUACGACUGCCAUCACGCAUAAUGAUGACAGUAACAGUGCUCCGCAACCGAUCAAAAAUGAAGGUUUCUAGUGUAGAUACCAUGAUUUCAAAUUAAUCUUAAUCGUUAGUUGUUAGUCUUUAUGAAAUAGAGACUAACAAGUGAUAUUAGAUGUGCCUCUGGUAAGACCUUUAUAACCAAGGGAGAGGGGGGGGGGUUAUAAGACUUCAUAAAGUCAAACUGUCUUCAAACGUCUUCACAAAUAAAGUGAAAAAUUAGGUGUUCACCUGUUAGCUUUUAGUAUUUUUGACAACUAUUAUAUAAGCUGUUAUUUUUUGCAAAGGAAAACGAGAGCUACACACACACUGUACCAUUUGCUUGCUUUCAUUUUGAUGAAUUGGGAAUGAUUCAAGAGGAACUUGUCUUGGAACACAUAGCCAGUGAUUUUAACUGAAAUUUGUUUAAAGCUACUGGAACCCUUGAGUCUUCUUGGUUGACAUUUUUAAAGGACAAUCAACAGCAAUAAGCUUCCACAAAAUGUUGGAAGUGCUGGUUGUUCCAUUAUUUAAGGCCUGAGCUGUGUUUUCAAUCUAUAUUUCAAUCCUGAAUUGAUGAAUAAGUAAGAUUCUGGUAGACAUAUGAUUCACAAAUUUCAUUUUCAGAGGAAGGCUUUACAUGGAAAUCAAGUGGUUGUUGCACAGCAGCAAUACUCAUAUGAAUGUGUGUCUGUAAACUUACUUUAAGAAAAAUGUAAAAACAUGCACCUUAAAAAAAAUUGCAACCUAAUGGGAGGUCCUUUUAAAGGUGCAACAUUGUACCUUCUGGUGUUGGAACAUCUUUAUUGGUGCUUCUUGCACCUUUCAAACCUGAAAGAAGCAAAUUGUACAUAUGAAGGUGAAUCUAGUGUGUCAUUGCUAUAAAGGUGCUAAGUUGAACCUUUGUUCUUAAAAUGGAUUAGAAUCAGUAUAUCCACUUCUCAGAUUGACUUGUGAAAACCACCUAUGCCUGGCUGUGUUCCAAACUUUUUGGCCAUAAUAAUAACAUGCACAUAAAAAAAAAGGAAAUCAACAUUUAUACACAGGCUUAGACAGUCUCAAUAUGAUGCCAGAGGGAUAUGAUGUUAAAGAUUCAAUUGAUUUUAUAAUUUAGUGGAACUUUAAGUCUAUGAGAAGCCAUAUACAAGGAGUUACAAUCGAUUGUAAUUAUCAAGCGUAUCUUUUUGUAUUACCCCAGAUAUUGUUCUUUUUCCUUCUGUUACCCCUACUGUUGAAUACGAGUAAUUUUCAAUGAACCUAACCGUUGCAAACGAUUCAUUGAUUUGGAAUUAUGACAUUCUAAGUUCUAAAAAAUAAAGAAUUUUAUGAAUCUUCUUUUCAAGUAAGAU